AUGGAUUUCAACGGUCUAGCACAACAAUUCACUGAAUUUUACUACAAUCAAUUCGAUUCUGACAGAUCUCAAUUGGGUAACUUAUAUAGAGAUGAGUCUAUGUUAACUUUCGAAACUACUCAAUUACAAGGUACUAAGAACAUCGUCGAAAAACUAACUUCUUUACCAUUCCAAAAGGUUACCCACAGAAUCACCACUUUGGAUGCUCAACCAGCUUCUCCAAGUGGUGAUGUUUUAGUUAUGAUCACUGGUGAUCUACUGAUCGAUGAAGAACAAAAUGCACAAAGAUUCUCUCAAGUCUUCCAUUUAAUUCCAGAAGGUAACUCUUACUAUGUAUUUAAUGACAUCUUUAGAUUAAACUAUUCUGCUUAA